AGAUUAAGCAACAAUGGCAUUUGUGAAGAGCGGAUGGCUGCUCCGGCAAAGUACUAUUUUACGUCGUUGGAAGAAGAAUUGGUUUGACCUGUGGUCUGAUGGCCGCUUAAUAUUCUAUGAUGAUCAAAAUCGCCACGAUAUAGAAGAUAAAAUCCACAUGCGAAUCCAUUGCAUCAACCUCAGAGUGGGGAAUGAAUGUCGAGAUUUCCAGCCUCCAGAGGGGAAGCAGAGAGAUUGUUUACUGCAGAUUGUUUGCCGUGAUGGGAAGACGGUCAACCUCUGUGCAGAGAGUGCAGAUGACUGCCUGGCAUGGAAAAUUGCUCUCCAGGACGCCAGAACAAACACAGGCUACGUGGGAUCUGAUGUGAUGUAUGAUGAGACAGCCAUUUCCUCAGCCCCUCCUCCCUAUACAGCUUAUGCCACACCAUCACCUGAGGUUUAUGGCUAUGGCUACGACCAGUACAAUGGUGCAUAUCCCCCUGCUGGUCCUCAGGUCUUCUAUGCCUCCAACGGACAAGCCUACGCUGUUCCCUAUCAGUAUCCAUACCAAGGACCUUAUGGCCAACCCCCUGCAAAUCAUGUCAUCAUUCGAGAGCGUUACCGUGACAGCGAUGGAGAUCUUGCACUAGGCAUGCUUGCUGGAGCAGCGACCGGAAUGGCUCUGGGAUCAUUAUUCUGGGUCUUCUAGAUUACCCGUUCCUUAUCUUUGUAGUUCCAAAAACCUUUAUUGUGUGCAAUAAUAUAUUGGCGAUGUUGUUUACUGUUAAACUUU